GAGGGGAUAGAGGCUUUCACAGUGGAAGAGGAGGUAGAAGCUUUUAGAAUGAAAAAGGAGGAAGAGGAGGCUUUUGCAUUGAAAGACGAAGAUGGGGAUGUUAUAGUGAAAGAAGAGGAAAAAUAUGUUGAUGUGGAAGAGGAGACUAUCUCAAUUAAAGAGAACGAGGAAGACAUUUUGGGGAUGGAGGAAGAGGAAGAGACAGAAGAUCUGAUUAAUAAAAGAGAAAGACGAGACAUGGAGGAACCAGAGCCAGAGACGUCCAAACCAGCAAGACGACACCACUGCUCACACUGCGGAAAGAGUUUUACCAAGUUAGGGAACCUAAAAAUUCAUAAGAAAAUACACUCUGAAGAGAAACCUUACCACUGCUCCCAGUGUGGCAAGAGUUUUACCCAGUUAGGGAACCUAAAAAUUCAUAAGAGAAUACACUCUGGAGAGAAGCCUUACCACUGCUGCCAGUGUGGGAAGAGUUUUACCCAGUUAGGGAACCUAAAAAUACACGAGAGAAUACAUUCUGGAGAGAAGCCUUACAAAUGCUCCCAGUGUGAAAAGAGUUUCAGCCACUUACGGAGCCUGAAAAUGCAUGACAGAAUACACACAGGAGAGAAGCCUCACCACUGCUCCCUGUGCGAAAAGAGUUUUGCCAAUCUAGAAAACCUAAAAUCACAUGAGAGAAUACACACAGGAAAGAAGAAUCAUCACUGCUCCCAGUGUGGAAAGAGUUUUACUCAGUUAGGGGACCUGAAAAGACAUGAGAAGACACACACAGGAGUUAAGCCUUACCGAUGCUCCCAGUGUGAAAAUAGUUUUAGCCACUUACAGAGCUUGAAAAUGCAUGAGAGAAUACACACAGGAAAUAAGCCUCACCACUGCUCCCAGUGUGGAAAGAGUUUUACCCAUCUAGGAAACCUGAAAACACAUGAGAGGACACACACAGGAGAGAAGCCUUUCCACUGCUACAUGUGUGGAAAGAGUUUUACCAAGUUAGGGAACCUGAAAAGUCAUAAGAGAAUACACAAAGGAGAGAAACCUCACCACUGCGCCCAUUGUGGAAAGAGUUUUACCCAGUUAGGGAACCUGAAAACACAUGAGAGGACACAUACAGGAGAUAAGCCUUUCCACUGUUCCCUGUGUGGAAAGUGUUUUACCCAGUUAGGGGACCUGAAAAGACAUAAGAGGACACACACAGGAGAGAAACCUCAUCACUGCUCCAAGUGUGGAAAUAGUUUUACCCAUCCAGGAAACCUGAAAUCACAUGAGAGGACGCACACAGGGGAGAAGCCGUACCACUGUUCCCACUGUGGACUGAAAUUUACCUGGUUAAGGCAACUGAAAGACCAUGAAAGAAUACACACCUGAGAGAAACGUUAUCAAUGCUCCCAGUGUGGAAUGAUCUUUACCCAGUUAGGGCACCUGAAAAGAUCAAGAGGUAAUGCACACCGGGAAAAUGCCUUACCACUGCUCCCAGUGUGUAGCUAAAUAUAUUACAUCACAUGAGAGAACACAGUGACCCCGUUUACAUGCACGCCAAUAUCCCGUUAUUAUUCAACAGGUGGUUCUAAUCCUGAAUGCUGAUUGGUUAAAACCGCAUUCAAACCGAUAUCUAGUCCACAAGUUAC